AUGGCACGCGGCCGCAAGUUCUACCCUUCAAACAAGUUCAUCAUCAGCUGCGGCACCGUCACAAUCGACAUGCGGGCACGGCGCGUGCUGCUAAUCUACAACAAGAGACACGCAAUCUACCAGAUGCCCAAGGGGCGGAAAGAUAUUGGCGAAGACCUUCUCGCAGCGGCGUUGCGCGAGACGCGAGAGGAGACGGGCGUCACGGUGAAGCCCGUCACCUUGAGACUCAGCACAAGAGCUACGCCUGCUGGCGGGCCCUCCGGUGCCCCAGAGGUCUCCGAGGAGAUUACCGACACGGAACCAAUUGCUGUGUGUCACUACCCUGAUCCGGCUACUGGUGCUAUGAAGAUGGUAUUCUACUUCGUUGCGGAAGGGAAUUGUGAUCUCAGACCGGAGGGUUGGACGGGAGAGGACAGGGUCAAGUUUGACGUUAGCUGGGUCGAUGUUGACGAAGCCGCGAACAAGUUGGCUUUCAAGGAGGAUGGCAUGGUCGUCACCAAGGCUCUUGAGGAUUUGAGAAAAUCGGGAUAUGAUAUCUGA